AUGUCAAUUUCCUUUGGAGUCAUAACCGUCCUUAUCGGCCUUGUGCGCAUCAUCUACAAAAAGUCUAUAAAAGCAACCAAAACACUCAGCCCCGACGACUGGGUCAUCAUUGUUGCGCUUGCACUCCGCAUACCCGGCAUUGUCAUCAAUGUCCAGGGGCUGGCUCGCCACGGACUGGGUAGGGAUGUCUGGACUCUAGGCCCAGAGUUAGUCACCUUUGCCCAGUUCUUCUUCGCCGAGGAAGUCAUGUACUUUAUAGAGUUGUCUCUCAUCAAGCUUGCCUUGUCGCUCUUUUUCUUUUAUAUCUUCCCGUCCAAAAACAUCCGACGACUUCUUCUAGGUACAACUAUUUUUAACGCUCUCUAUGGGGGAGCCUUUGUUAUAGCGGCUAUUUUCCAAUGUACGCCUAUCAGUUACUUCUGGACUAAGGAAUUUACGCCUUCUAAUGGCCAUUGCAUCAACCUUAAUGUAUUUGGCUGGGUUCACGCCGCUAUUAGCAUUGUUCUUGAUGUUUGGCUCAUUGCUAUACCUCUUAGCCAAAUUCCGGCGCUAAAGCUACACUGGAAGAAGAAAGUCGGCGUGAUAAUCAUGUUUCUUGUCGGAACAUUUGUCACUAUCGUCUCCAUUUUGCGCCUACAAUCCCUCAUUACGUUUGCCAACUCACAUAACCCAACCUGGGACCACUAUGAAGUUAUAUACUGGUCCACUAUUGAGAUCAACGUUGGGAUAAUCUGCUGCUGCCUCCCUGCCAUGCGGCCACUGCUGGUCCGGCUCAUCCCGGGACUGGGAUCGGGUACAAAUAACGCAAAGUCCAACAUGGAGGACUACAGCGGAGGAUCUCAGGAGCAGAGUAAAAACAAUUUGUCCAUGAAUAAGGAGCAGUAUAUGCUUUCAAACUCGCAGUCUAGCAAGUCGCGUCUGCGACGAGGCAGUGAUACGGAGUCAGUGUGGCGAGACUAG